GAUCCCAAACGCAUCACCAGUUUAAGUUUCGUUUUCAGCUUGUUGUGACGCAGGCGGGUGUGUGUGGAGAUUUUCCCCAUAAAAGAGGUCGUGUGGAGAUGAAGGUAGGAAGUGUGUGUGAGCUGGUGUAACUUCAUCAUCAUGGAUCAGUGUGAGGACAGAGAGGAGGGAGUCCGUCCCACUACAACCAGUCUGCGUGGGGAACAUGAGAACCAGAGCAGAGCCCAGAGGAACCAACCUGAACCUGAACCAGAACCAGAACCCGAACCCGAACAUGGACCUGGACCUGGACCUGGACUUGAACCUGGAUCUGAGCCCGAGCCCAGCUGUGUGACCUUAAAGAAGUUGAAAGAAGUCAUAAUUGAUUCUACAAAAAGUCUUUCAGCUGACGGAAAGAAAAAAAGACUUAAGGGUCCACCCGAGCCCAGUGGGGUGUCCUUCAGGAGUGGGUGGUCAAAAGACGACGUCAUUGAUUUCAAAGAAAGAAAGAAUAAAGAGAGAAAACUCAAAGAUAGACCUGAGCCCAGUGGGGUGUCCUUCAGGAGUGGGUGGUCAAAAGACGACGUCAUUGAUUUCAAACAAGAGCAGAAACAAGAGAGAAAAAACAUCUGCAGAGAUGAACCUCAGCCCAGCGGGGUGUCCCUCAGGAGUGGGUGGUCAAAAGACGACGUCAUUGAUUUCAAACCAACUAAAAGAAAAGAGGACCAGCAGAGCUCGGAGCGUCCCACUGGUCAGUCUGCCCAGCAGCAUCAAACACAGCUGGACUUCAUAUUUAUGCUGCUGGAGGACAACAUCAUCACUUUUGUGAAGAACGAGUUGAAGAAGAUCCAGAAGUUUCUGAGUCCAGUUUACCCAGAAUGCUCAGUGUUGGAGGGUGAGGAUGAGGAGCAGAUGAAGAGCAACAGAGAGGCCUUUGUGAAGAUCUCAGUGGACUUCCUGAGGAGGAUGAAGCAGGAUGAGCUGGCUGAGCGUCUGCAGAGCAAAUUUCUCGCUAGAGUUUGUCAACGUAAACUAAAAUGUGGUCUGAAGAAGAAGUUCCAGUGUGUGUUUGAGGGAAUCGCUAAAGCAGGAAACCCAACCCUUCUGAACCAGAUCUACACAGAGCUCUACAUCACAGAGGGAGGGACUGCAGAGGUCAAUGAUGAACAUGAGGUCAGACAGAUUGAAGCUGCAUUCAGGAAAUCAGACAGACCAGAAACAACCAUUACGCACAAAGACAUCUUUAAAGUCCCACCUGGAAGAGAUGAACCAAUCAGAACAGUGAUGACAAAGGGAGUGGCUGGCAUUGGGAAAACUGUCUUAACACAGAAGUUCACUCUGGACUGGGCUGAAGACAAAGCCCACCAGGACAUCCAGUUCUUGUUUCCACUGACUUUCAGAGAGCUGAAUGUGCUGAAAGAGAGAAAGUUCAGCUUGGUGGAACUUGUUCAUCACUUCUUUACUGAAACCAAAGAAGCAGGAAUCUGCAGCUUUGAAGAGUUCCAGGUUGUCUUCAUCUUGCACAGUCUGGAUGAGAGUCGAUUUCCUCUGGACUUCCAUAAAACUAAAGUUCUAACCGACCCUAAGAAGUCCACCUCAGUGGAUGUGCUGCUGACUAACCUCAUCACGGGGAACCUGCUUCCCUCUGCUCGCAUCUGGAUAACCACACGACCUGCAGCAGCCAAUCAGAUCCCUCCUGACUGUGUUGACAUGACAACAGAGAUCAGAGGGUUUACUGACCCUCAGAAGGAGGAGUACUUCAGGAAGAGGUUCAGAGAUGAGGAGAAGGCCAGCAGGAUCAUCUCCCACAUGAAGAGAUCACGAAGCCUCCACAUCAUGUGCCACAUCCCAGUCUUCUGCUGGAUCACUGCUACAGUUCUGGAGGAUGUUCUGGAAACCAGAGAGGGAGGAGAGCUGCCCAAGACCCUGACUGAGAUGUACAUCCACUUCCUGGUGGUCCAGACCAAAGUCAAGAAGGUCAAGUAUGAUGGAGGAGCUGAGACAGAUCCACACUGGAGUCCAGAGACCAGGAAGAUGAUUGAAGAUCUGGGAAAACUGGCUUUUGAUCAGCUGCAGAAAGGAAACCUGAUCUUCUAUGAAUCAGACCUGACAGAAUGUGGCAUCGAUAUCACAGCAGCCUCAGUUUACUCAGGAGUGUUCACACAGAUCUUUAAAGAGGAGAGAGGACUGUACCAGGAGAAGGUGUUCAGCUUCAUCCAUCUGAGUGUUCAUGAGUUUCUGGCUGCUCUUCAUGUCCGUCUGACCUUCAUCAAGUCUAGAGUCAAUGUGAUGGAAGAAGAGAAACAAAGAAGAAAUGUAAAACAUCUCCAUCAGAGAGCUGUGGACAAGGCCUUACAGAGUCCAAAUGGACACCUGGACUUGUUCCUCCGCUUCCUCCUGGGUCUUUCACUGCAGACCAAUCAGAGACUCCUACGAGGUCUGAUGACACAGACAGGAAGUAGUUCACAGACCAAUCAGGAAACAGUUCAGUACAUCAAGAAGAAGAUCAGUGAGAAUGUGUCUGCAGAGAGAAGCAUCAAUCUGUUCCACUGUCUGAAUGAACUGAAUGAUCGUUCUCUAGUGGAGGAGAUCCAUCAGUUCCUGAGAUCAGGAAGUCUCUCCACAGAGAACCUGUCUCCUGCUCAGUGGUCGGCUCUGGCCUUCAUCUUACUGUCAUCAGAACAAGAUCUGGAUGUGUUUGACCUGAAGAAAUACUCUGCUUCAGAGGAGGCUCUUCUGAGGCUGCUGCCAGUGGUCAAAGCCUCCAACAAAGCUCUGCUCAGUGGCUGUAACCUCUCAGAGAGAAGCUGGGCAGCUCUGUCCUCAGUUCUCAGCUCCCAGUCCUCCAUGCUUAGGGAACUGGACCUGAGUAAAAAUGACCUGCAGGAUUCAGGGUUGAAGAAGCUGUGUGGUGGACUGAAGAAUCCACGCGGUAAACUGGAAAGUCUCAGACUGAGUGUGUGUGGUCUCUCAGAGAGAAGCUGUGAAGCUCUGUCUUCAGUUCUCAGCUCCUGGUCCUCCAGUCUGAGAGAACUGGACCUGAGAAACAACGACCUGCAGGACACAGGGGUGAAGAAGCUUUCUGAUGGACUGGAGAGUCCACACUGUAAACUGAAGACUCUCAGACUGAGUGUGUGUGGUCUCUCAGAGAGAAGCUGUGAAGCUCUGUCUUCAGUUCUCAGCUCCUGGUCCUCCAGUCUGAGAGAACUGGACCUGAGUAACAACGACCUGCAGGACACAGGAGUCAAGAAGCUGUGUGGUGGACUGGAGAGUCCACACUGUAAAACAGAAAGUCUCAGCCUGUCAGGCUGCCUUAUCACAGAGGAAGGCUGUGCUUCUCUGGCCUCGGCUCUGACCUUCAACCCCUCCCAUCUGAGAGUGCUGGACCUGAGCUACAACCACCCAGGAGAGGGAGGAGUGAAGCUUUUGGCUGCUCGACUGGAGGAUCCACACUGCAGACUUGACACUCUCAGGGUGGAACCUGCUGGAGAACGAUGGUUGAGACCAGGUCUGAGGAAGUAUUCCUGUCCACUCACAUUCGACAUAAACACGAUGAACAAGAACCUCAAACUGUCUGACAGCAACAGCAAAGUAACCUAUGUGGAGGAAGUUCAGUCAUAUCCGGAUCAUCCAGACAGAUUUGAGUUUUGUCCUCAGCUGCUGUGUGGAAAAGUUCUAACUGGUCGUUGUUACUGGGAGGUUGAGUGGAGAGGAAGCGUUGAUAUAUCAGUGAGCAUCAGAGGAACCAACAGGAGAGGAGACAUACCACACUGUGUGUUUGGAAGAAAUGAUCAGUCCUGGAGCCUCAGCUGCUCUGAUGGUGGUUGUUACUCAGUCAGACACAACAACAAAACAACGUCCAUCUUGUCGUCCUCCUCCUCUUCUUCCUCCUCCUCCUCCUCCUCUGUCUCUAACAGAGUAGCAGUGUAUGUGGACUGUCCUGCUGGCUCUCUGUCCUUCUACAGAGUCUCCUCUGACUCACUGAUCCACCUCCACACCUUCAUCACCACAUCCACUCAUCCUCUGCUUCCUGGAUUUGGGAUCUGGCCUGGUUCAUCUGUGUCCCUGUGCUCAGAUGUGAAACCUGAAUCUCUGACUAAAUGCGACGACCUAUUAUGUGAAGAAGCAACUAGCUCUUCUUUCUCAUCAAAGGAGGACACAGAGCUUAUGGAGCAUCCGGCAAGGUUUACACCUGAAGUGGAAACUGAACGUUCACGAAUCUCAUACAGGUUUACGUGUCCUGGUCCAGGUGAGUUCCAGUGCAGUCUGACCAGACUGGUGUUUGUGAUGACUCGAGAGGCGGUGGUCUUGUACAGAACCGUCCCGUGGCCUGACAGUCUUCUACAAUCCGCUGGAAAGACACCUGCAGGGCUGCUGUUCAACAUCAAAUGUUGUGAGGGAGCGGUCCAUCAGCUCCACCUCCCACACUGUGAAACAAAGGACGCUUUGUGUGUCCAUGGCCUGCUGUCUGUUGCACAUAUCACUGAUGAUGAUGAUGAUGGGAUGAGCAUCCUGGAGCCACUGAAGAUCACAGACACUCAUGUCGUUGUGAACGUCCACCACCUCUCUUCUUUUGGCCUCCUCUGGGAUUACGUCUCUGGAUUUCUGAAAAGUUGGAGGCCACUGAAAAGUCAAGGGCUGGUGUUUCAGAGAUCUCAUGAUAGAGAAAAAGCAACGCUGUAUGUGUUUCUGCUGCAGGAGAACAUCCCUCUGUCAGAGGUUUCUGCGGAACAUCAGGAAUCAGAGCACAUCAGUAGCUUUCAAUGUCUUCUCACUGUUGGUCAAACCUACACUGUCCACUGUGAACCCACAAACAUGGAGGUAAAGCCUAAGGGUGCAGAGUUUUACACAAAGAGUGGAGCAAAUUAUCAUCCAACAUUUAAAGUUCUCCUGUCUCCGAUACCAGAGAGGAUGACUCUGGUGGUCCGAACUCAAGACGGAGAGGAAGUUCGGGAAGAUAGUUUUUAUCUGAGAGGUAAAGUCUUCACACUUAUAACAGUGGCUUAUCAUACACUGAAUAUGGUUAAACACUGGAGCUGGAGUUGGUCAUCAAAGUUUUUAUUUCUGUAUUUUCUGUAUAUUUCGUUAUUUUUGUUUAUCACCACCAGAGGGCGCUGUGGUGAAAAGAGUGGGCUUUGUAUGGAGAAAGGGCUUGUGUUGAGCCAGGCCCAGAUGACUGCAGAGGAACUCUAUAAAGUCCAGGUCCAGGUCACAGAGGCGUAG